AGGCCAAUGAAGGGAGAGAGAAAGCCUGCACGCAAAUUUGCAGGGGUGCCAAUCGAUGUUGUCAUAACAAUUCAAUUUGACAGUUGAGGGUGUAUAACAGUUUCUUGCGUGAUCUGAGAAGUGGUGUUUACUGUUGACCACGGAACCAGGACUCCAAAGCCGAAUUACCCCAAUCUAGCCAAACAGGACACUCUGAAAAGGACAUUGCAACUAUACCACUGACGACCCUCUCGCAGGAGCGGAGUAAACAUUUGGAAUGCCGCCGAAGCAAGGGUUCACUGUUGAGAAGAUUCUCGACAAAAGGAUCACAGCCGCCGGGAAAAUCGAAUAUUUGCUAAAAUGGGAAGGGUAUGAAGAAGAGCAAAAUACUUGGGAACCCGAAGAGCAUCUGAGCUGUCCCAAUUUGAUUUCCCAAUUUGAGGUAGAACAUCAAAAACGAGUGCAAGACCUUCAUCGCGAAAACAAACGUAAAGAAAAGAAGAGUAAAGUGGACGAGAUUGUCAAGCCGCGGGGAUACGAUCGUGGACUACCAAUUGAGAAAAUUUGCGGUGUUACGGAUUGCACAGAAGAAAUUCUCUUCUUGAUAAAAUGGCACGGUUGCGACGAACUGGAUCUGAUACCAGCAUCUGAAGUAAAUUUGCAGAAUCCCGAAGUUGUGAUUGCAUUCUAUGAGGAGCGAUGCCCGUUGAAUAAGAAAGCCCUGGAAAGGAUGAAAUACGCUUCAGCCACAUUCUUCUCGGAGAGAUUAAAGAGCAGUGGAAAGUUAAUCGUUGAAAAGAGUGAAGAAGUUCCGAAAAUAGAUGACAGUGUUAUACAGGAACCACGAAGAGGGAAACCAGGACGCAAACUUAUGAGUGCAAAGCCUGCCGCACCUGUUACAACGAAACCUGAGCCCCAUGUUGAAGGAGUGCCAUCAGAUAGCCUUGAGAAAAUGAAUGUAGAACCUUCAACGGAAGUUCCUAAGACAAUAUUAGAAGGUGCAGUAAACGAUGCUCCCAUUGAACCGCCCACUGAAACGCCACCAUCUGAGCCAAUGGAAAUCCAAACGUCUGAGAAGACCGAUCUAGAAGCAGCCAUAGGAGAGACAGCACCUUCUGAAAUUCAAGCCAAGCAAGUGGAAUUGAACACAGAAGCAACAUUACAGUCACAUGCGGCAGUGGAAUCAGGAUUGAACGCCUCAGUUGAAAUGGCUAUGCCCAUCCAAUUGGAGGAGCAAAUAUCUGCUUUAGGAGAGCCACAAAAUCAAACACAAUUUUCUAUGUAUUAGGAUUUAUGAAUUCUAUGAAUUACUCUGAAUUGAAUACGAUAAAGUAUUUUGUUUUAACAAAAUUUAAGAAAAAUAAACUUAUUUUAUCUCCAUUUGCACUGAA